GGCGUUCAAACUCUGUUAUUUAUACAUUUCUUUCUGCAUAGUUGAAUGAGCAAAUAACACUUAAAGAUAUGCUUGAAACAUUAUUUAUACGUCGAAUCUGAAACUUUCUGCGAAUGAUGAUUCCACUUGCGAGAGAAGGCUGAAUCUGGUGUUUUAUGGCGUGUCAAGAACCCGGUAGAGGGACUGAAGGGCGGUCUACUGCUGGUCCUGUGCCGAAGAAGGAAGCAAGUCCUAAACGGGACUGUGUUCCUCUCCUGCGGGAGGACUCUGACGCGGUUGAUGGAGAAUUGUCAGCAGUGAGCGACGUCGAGAGCAGUGAUUUGCUCUAUGAUAAAGCUGAUGAGUCAGCGAAGACCUCUGAGGAUGUGAAAUCUGACAAAAGCCGAAAUGCUAUCGGAGAUAUCGCCUUUGAUGUCGUUUCUAGUUGCGAAAGUAUUUCUACAUCGGACACAACAGAGACUAUUUCACAAGGUUUUGUAAACGAAAAUGCUUUUAUUGAGAAGAAAUUUCAUGCGGCAUCGGAUACAGAACAAGUUUUGUCUUGUAAAGAUUCUAAUUUCAGUAACGUGAGUUUGGAACAUGAUACCGGAAACGGAUCCCAAAUCACAAUAACCUCCGUGGAUGGUAAGACGGAAGGUCCUAGUUUUGAUACGAAUAAACAACACUCAGGUAAAGAGUUUGGAACAGAAUGUUAUAGAUUGUGUGGUGCAAAUACUGGAUCUCCAAUCUCAGAUAUAAGUGAACCAGAAUUGUUCCAGGCACAUAAAAAUGCCACAUCCCACACAGAGACAAUUAAUGGUAAGGACAGUGCAUACUCUGAGUCCCCAUCUAGUGAAUUCAGUGCUGCAUCCUCAAUUGCUAGCUGUGCUGAGGAUAGUGGCAUUACUUCUACUGUGCGUGAUGAGGAAAUGGAGGAGAUCCCGCUUGCUGAUAGCCGCAGUUUUAGUCCUGAACUUUUUCAUGAAAUGUCCAGAUUGACCACGGAUGAGUUUGUGUCGUCAUGGGUACCAAAAUCUCUUAAUACAUAUGCCCCUAAUGUUGGCUCCAAGUCAAGUUUAUCUUCAGACCAAGAUUUAACGGACUCUGGAAAUCCCACAACCAAACCAAAUGGAAUCAAAGCAUUGUUUUCAAGAUCUGGUAAUGAGGGUGGUCAGACUGCAGGGUGGAAGCUGUUUGGAAAAGUUCCACCAAAAGAGAUUAGUAAACCCCAGGAAGAAGGGAAUAAAACAUCAUUUCAACAAGGUAGCAUGAAAAGAAGGUCUUUUGGUGCAGAGGCCAGCACAUCCUCAUCUUCAAAACCAAAGUUCUUGUCUCUCAAGCGCAAUUCUGCAGCAGUACCCAGCUCAACAACAGCACUGAUAUUUGAAAACCGACCAAGUAAUCUCCCAGCAAAGUCGGCAGCAGAAGAGAAAAAGCACAGACAGAUGUAUGAAGCUAUGGUUGCAGAGGCCAAGAAGAAAGAAUUAAGGGACAAGAAAAGGCAGGAAAAAGAAAUGAAGCAGAAGAGCAAACAAGAGAAGGUUAUCUCAUCUGCUGCCUGUGUCUGGACAUCUGAGAUCCUUCCAAACUGGGAAUCCAUGAAGCACUCACGCAAGGCAAAAGAGCUGUGGUGGCAAGGUCUCCCUCCAAGUGUCAGAGGGAAGAUUUGGAAGUUAGCCAUAGGCAACGACCUUCAGAUUACUUAUGAAUUGUUUGACAUCUUCCAAUCGCAUGCGUAUGAGAAACUCAUGGUUACCCGCAAUAAUCGCAAGAAAAACAAAGAGAGUGGCAGCGUGGCUGAGUUACCUACCAAUGACUACCCCAUGUCGGUCGUUAGCAGUGAGCAUAAAGUGGAGCUGAUUAUGUUGGAUGUCUCAAGAACAUUUCCAUCACUGUGCAUCUUUCAAGAGGGUGGUCCCUUCCAUGAUGUCCUUCACAGUAUACUAGGCGCCUACACAUGCUAUAGGCCUGAUGUUGGAUAUGUUCAAGGCAUGUCGUUCAUAGCUGCUGUCCUGUUACUGAACCUAGAACCACCAGAUGCAUUCAUCAGCUUUGCCAACCUUCUGAACAAACCGUGCCAGCUGGCAUUCUUCAGAGUUGAUCACCCUAUGAUGAAAGCGUACUUCGCUACGUUCGAGAUACUGCUGUCUGAGUUUCUCAACAAACUGCACGAACACUUUCACCACGAGAGCUUCUCCCCUGACAUGUAUUUGAUUGACUGGAUCUUCACUCUGUUCAGCAAGUCUCUCCCUCUGGACGUCGCUUGCCGGGUCUGGGACGUGUUUUGUCGAGAUGGCGAUGACUUCUUAUUUAGGACAGCAUUAGGUAUUCUGAAGUUCUACCAAGACGACUUACUCGAGAUGGACUUCAUUCACUUGGGCCAGUUCCUCACCAAGCUUCCAGAUGACAUCCCAGUUAACAAUCUCUUUGACUGCAUCUCGUCCAUCAAUCUCACCAAAACCAAGUUUAACCAGAUUUUAGCAACACAGAAAGAGCUCGCAACCCAAAUCAAGACAGUCACAGCAUCUGCUAAAUAGAUGGCCUUGCUACGUCACAAAGCUUUAGAUAGCCUUAGUGCGUCGCAAGCCUUAGUAUGACAAAGAUGAAACAGCUACCAACUUAGUUGAAUUGCCUGAGAUAAUUUAUUUGUGGUCAAAAUACACGGUGAUUCUGAUCGCCUCUUCAAAUGAGUUGGUGAUAAAGGGUCGUUUAUGUUGGUCAUCUCAUCAACUGUUUUUCACCAUGUUGGAGCAUGUAUGAUAUACCAAACAUACAGUUCACUACUUAAUAUUUUUGUUAAGCAUAUUGGGGGUAAUUGUUGGUUUCGAGUAGAGCAGCAUUUUGUAUGGCCGUUUAUAUUUCCAGGGUGCUAGUCUUAGCUAGAUUUUCAAGCCAAUCAUGCAAUCAUUUUUGUUUAUUUUAUAUUUUGUUACCAUGUUUAACAUCACUGUAGUUUUUUUUACGUUAUUAUGGAUAAUAAAAUUAGUUUAGAACAUCAAAAUUAGAGGGUCGGGUAGGCAUGAUUCUGCCUUGUGUGCGGCACGUCGAGCAUAUUAAAUUUUUGAACAGAGAUAAUAUGACCCAUUGUAGUAAUUCUAUCACAAGUUGUACAUAGUCUCUGUAUUAUAGAUAUACAGUAUGCAGAAAAAAAUACAGUAAAUAAAUAUCGUGUAUUAUCGA